UGUAUAUAAUCAUCCUCCUGAUUUUCCAAAAUGAAAUAAAGGAAAAUCAAAGAGGUUUCUGGUGAAUAGUUCCCGGGAAACAUUGAAAAGAGAGUCACAGUUGGAGGAAGUAGAGUGAUUCAGAAUCAAAGUCCAACUCUUUUCCUUCUUCCUCCAAAUCAUUCUCAACACGUACUCUGUUUUGCUGUGUAUGAAAAAUAUCAGAGAAGCCUUUCCACUCUCCACUGUUUAUGAUAUUUGGUCUGUUUGAAUAGGUUGCCUUUGAGAUAUGAGGGAGAAGGUUGAUACGUAUUCUCCUGUUGGAGUUCUUGAGGACUUCUUUAAGAGUUCAGAUUCCGAAAGCCCCACCAAAGAGCUUAAUCUGGAAUUUGAAAACCAAAAACCAAAGGCGAAUUCCAGGUGGCAUGGACUAGUUACAUUGCUGAAAACCAAAUCCAAGAGGUCAUUGGUCCCAAUGCAUCCUCUGUUGAAACUCUCGAAGAAAAUGAGCAGUAGUAUGAGAGAGAUUAUAACGCCAAAGCUGGAGUCAGAUUCCGAAUACCCUUUCAAAUCACCAUGGAAGAACUUCUCCCUUUAUGAGCUCCAAUCUGCAACGAAGAAUUUCAGCCAAGAAAAUAUGAUUGGAAAGGGGGGUUAUGCUGAGGUUUACAAGGGUUGUUUAGCAAAUGGGCAAUUUGUGGCAAUCAAACGGCUAACCAGGGGAACACCGGAGGAAAUUACCGGCGACUUUUUAUCGGAGAUUGGGAUCAUGGCUCAUGUGAAUCAUCCCAAUACCGCAAAGUUGAUUGGUUAUGGAGUUGAAGGAGGAAUGCACUUGGUCCUUGAAUUGUCUCCACAAGGAAGCUUAGCUUCUGUGCUUUAUGGUUCAAAGGUGAAACUUGAAUGGAAUGUCAGGUACAAAAUAGCAUUAGGUGCAGCUAAGGGUUUACAAUAUCUUCACGAGGGUUGUCAGAGAAGGAUUAUCCACAGAGAUAUUAAGGCUGCAAAUAUUUUGCUUACUGAGGAGUUUGAGGCCAAGAUCUGUGACUUUGGUCUUGCAAAAUGGCUACCAGAGAGUUGGACUCACCAUACUAUUUCAAAAUUCGAAGGCACAUUUGGUUAUCUUGCUCCUGAGUUCUUGUUGCACGGUAUAGUAGAUGAGAAAACUGAUGUAUUUGCCUUUGGUGUGCUGCUGUUGGAACUAGUAACCGGGCGGCGAGCUCUAGAUUACUCCCAACAAAGCCUUGUCUUGUGGGCAAAGCCCUUGCUAAAGAAGAAUGAAAUCAGAGGGUUAGUUGAUCCUUCUCUAGCCAAUGACUACAAUCCUAUACAGAUGAAUCUUGUUUUGUUGGCUGCUUCAUUGUGCAUACAACGAUCCUCAAUAAGACGCCCUAGUAUGAAUCAGGUGUUACUACUUCUGAAUGGCGAUCUUUGCUGCUUGAAGUACAUGAACAGAAGCCGAAUGCCAUUUUUCCGAAAGGCAUUUCGAGAAGACAUAGUUAAUAACAUCGAAGAUCCUUAAAACGCAGAAACAUAUAACCUAAAGAUCAUCCAGAUCUUAACAAGCUUUUUCCGGCCAGGUUCACAUCGAAGGAAUUGGACAUGGAAGUUGGAAUAUGAAUAUGAGUCGACCCGACCCGACCUGUGUUCUACUUUUGUACAUUUCGUAUAAGGGUUUUUGCAACAAAAGGAAAUGUUGUUUUCCAAUCCCAUGUACAUAGAUAUACUCCACUACAGAAUUACAAUCAAAGAAAAGUAUAUAAGUUAUUACUGUAACCCGAAGCUUAAGUUAAGCCAGCAAUCCCCAGCAUUGGUACUUUUGCUCUAGUGAUCAAGUUCAACAUGCAAUUUCUCUCACCUUACCGAUUCUUACGGACAAUUUUUAGUAGUUUUCAUACUAGUUAUUUAGCUGUUCAAAAUAAGAGCGUACGCUUCUUCAGCUUUUAACA